UCACAAAUCACAAUGGGACUGCUUCAGUUUAUAAAGGAUUAUUUUAUUGGUUUCUUGGACUAUGAGACCCCCAAGGUAAUGGUGGUUAAAAACAAAAAACUUGGAGUCAUAUAUAGAGGGGUUCAGUUCUUUGUGAUCACCUAUUUCAUCUGGUAUGUCUUUAUCAGUCAGAAAGCCUAUCAGGACAGUGAGACGAGGCCAGAGAACUCAGUCUACACUAAGAUGAAAGGCACAGCACUGCAGGGGGACCACGUUCUGGACAUGGUAGAAUACGUCCGACCCUCAGAGGGCGGUGACGUGAUCAGCACAAUACUGAGACGAGUGGUCACACACAACCAGAGGCAAGGCACGUGUGCUGAGCAUUUUACCGUUCCCAAUGCCAACUGCUCAAAGGACUCGGACUGCAUCUCAGGAAAAGUGGACUUUGAUGGCAAUGGACAGAGAACUGGGCGCUGUGUUCCUUACUAUAACCAGACCUUCAAGACCUGUGAGAUUCAGACCUGGUGUCCUAUUGAGGACUAUGCGGCAAUACGGGAGCCGGCAUUAGCAGAGGCCAUCAAUUUCACUGUUUACAUCAAGAAUGCCAUCCAUUUCCCCAAAUUUAAAGUGUUUAGAGGAAACAUCAAACCAAACAAACGAAAUGGGCAGAAGUAUCUGAAUAAGUGUCAUUACAAUGAGGAGAAACACCCCUACUGCCCCAUCUUCCGGCUGGGUUACAUCGCAGAACAGGCCAGGGAGAAGUUCAGCGAGCUUUGCUUGACUGGGGGAGUGAUUGGAGUCUUCAUUAACUGGAAGUGUGAUCUUGACCUGGACCCCUCGGAGUGUAAACCCACAUACUCAUUCCGUCGCCUGGACCUUCGGAAGAACCUGCCCAGCUCUGGUUACAACUUCAGAUUUGCCAAGUAUUACAGCAAAGAUGGAGAAGAGUUCCGGACACUUAUCAAGGCCUUUGGGAUUCGUCUUGAUGUAAUAGUUCAUGGAAAUGCUGGACGAUUCAGCAUAAUCCCAACUAUCAUCAACACAGUGACAGCCAUGACAUCAGUUGGAAUAUGUUCCAUUAUCUGUGACUGGAUCAUGCUCACUUUCAUUGACAAGAACGCUAUCUACAGUGGCAGAAAGUUUGAUGAUGACAGUAAAGUUCCCAAACCCAGCCAGACCUUCACACUUCCCACAGAAUUCACCAUCAUCAGCUAUGGCUCCACCCACUCAGACCUGUCAGAUGGAGUGGCCCUGUGACAUCCCAUCCCCACAGUGCCCUCUGACCACAUCAGUCU